AUGAGUUUAUUCAGCAAAUGUGCAAUUUUGCUACUUGCAUUGUCAAUUAUUCUGUGUAAUGGGGUGGUUGUCUUCUCAACAACCCCAGACAUGAAAUUUGGUUGGCCCAAGAUUACGGUUCGCGUUCGCAACAAUCUAGGAGAUGGCAUACAUCUCAAUCUUCAUUGUAAAUCGAAGGACGAUGAUCUUGGUAAUCAGUUUUUGUCCGAUGGAAGCUCCUUCCAAUGGAGAUUCAGGAAAAACCUUAUCGGAACUACGCUUUUCUUCUGUAGCAUGUCAUGGAAUAAUGUCAGUGGGAGUUUUGACAUUUAUGUGUCGCAGAGGGACAAGGGAUUAUGCAAACUGUGUGUUUGGAGUGUGAGAAAAGAUGGAUUGUAUGAAUAUAAUGGUGAAGGUGGACCGCCGAUAGCUAUAUAUGACUGGCCAAAGCCAACAAAGUGA